AUGGGGAAGAACGUGAACGACCCGGUCCGAAAGCUGGGCGAUAUGUACCGCAAAGGCGGUCUGAACAUCUUGGCGUUGCAAGACGUGGGGGGCGGACAUGACACUCUGGUCCAGGUGCUGGAUUAUAUCAACAACAAGUCGCAUGAGGACGUUGUUCAGGCCUACCAUUAUCAGGGAAACAGCUGCGCUAUCAUAACCGAUCUUGAGGUGGUCGGUGUGAAGGAUGUGACCGAAAAAGAUGGACUGUUUUAUUCCCUGGGCCUUCAGUUGGCCACGUAUAUCACGGAUGAAAUUGAUAAGUUUUAAUUCAUCGAAAAAAAUUAAUGGCUCUUGUUGCUCAAAUAUCUCCGAUGAUUGAUGCGAAUUUUGAGUUGUAAUUUUCAAUAAUUAAUUUUUGGGCUAUCUACAGUAUGUCCGCCAAAUAAGCAGGAAAUUAAAAAAACUGCUAUGGAUCGCUUCGGUUCCUUGUUGUAUGUAUGAGAGAGGCCAGGAGAAGGCUUAGUUAGUAAAAAUAAUAAGAUUGAUUGGGUCCUAGGGUAGAUUAUCACCUAUUUUGAGGUAUUUUACAUGUACUCACAUCAAUAAUCUCUAGAUAAAACUUACGGAUCUUCGUUUUUUGCCGCAAAUUUUGGUUUUUUAUAUGUUACAAAAACUCAGGGUAAAGCAAACUAACGUUAAUAAUAGCCAAAAUUAGAAAAAGUAGACAUAUUGCAAGCCUCCGCCGAGCCUUCGUCCGAACGUCCUCCGACCAUCCAACGGAUUUGCCAGGCCUCGUAGGCACCUCCUAGCACCUUUUUUUGGCUCUCCGCCUGCCCUAGGCCUCGCGUCGGUUGCUUUUGUGUUGACUCCAACUGUCGUCGACCCGAAAAAACGGGACGCGAUUUGGGUCUCUUGCACUGAAAAUUUGAUCUUAAUUGGCAGGAAAGCCGUUGAAAAAAUUUGCUGAGAUUUUGAUAAAGCAACAAAUUUAAGCAUAAAUUAUUAUACAAAUAAAGUUUCCUAAAUCUUCGCAAUUUUACUACAAUAGAUUGGGCUGUGCUUUAACAGACGGGAUUUUUAGUCCGAAAGUUGACGGAAAUUUUUCACUUUUUUCGUAAGAAGUUUCUUUCAUGACCAUUUCUACCGUAGGCGGGAAUGUUUCCACAAAAUAUAGAUUUUUUUAUUUCAAAAUCGUCUGGCUUUUUGAGGAAAUGGCCUAAACUUAUCACAAUUGUCAUCGAAAUCUGUGUUUCGCACAAAAAGGCGUAAAAACCAAUGACUUUUUUCUAUUUUAAGCGAAUACCAAAAACGCCUCAUCAAUUUCUACUGUGUUCAUUUGGAUAAUCAGUAAGUUGGAGCACCACAAAAGUCAAUAUUUUUAUUCCUUUUUUCCAGGCAUUACGGCCCUUACAAAGCCUUGUUUGACGGCGCCAGCACCGCGGAUAUUCUGGGCAAUGAGGAGUUUCGCAAGCAACGAAUGGACUUGUUUUUGUAUUCCGACUCCAUCCAAAAUGAUCUCCUCCGCUUGGGAGACGAGGGCUUGAUCAUUGCGGGCAAUUUUUAUUCACCCUCUCAUCUUGAUUGGACUGAAGCGACAAAGUGAGAGAUUUGUAAAUAUUAUUGUUCUAACAAGGGGGUACCCCAAGUACGACGCUCAGAUUUUCACUACAUUUUUCACACAUGUCGAGCAUAAACUAAAUAUCAAUUGCUGAAAGUUUUAGCCCGCGCUUUACAAGCGCCGCUGAGAUAUUCAACGAUCUUUGCCGCCGAGAGAGUACGCUAAACGCGGAGAGCGGUCAGAGAGAAAAACAAUUUUUGGCCAUAACUUUGUUAGCUCCGUGCGGAAAAAAUUCAUUUUUUGUGGAAACAUUACCCUUUACGGCAGAAAUAGGGAGGCAAUUUUUUGUGCCGAAAUUCGACAAAAAGUCUUAAAUUUUCGUCGACUUUCGAUCUAAAAAUCUCUGUGGUUUCUGCAAAGCGCGAGCUAAGAUUCUCGCAUAAAUUUUAGAAAAAAUUAUUCUAAAUUUGUGCCAAGUUUCAUCAAAGUCUGAGGGUUGCACUUGGGGUACUUCCCUUGUUAGCCUGCAGUUUACAUGGGCAGCCGAAAUAGUCAACGAUCAAAGAAAGAGUGGGCGAAAUGCGGAGAACGGUCACAGAGAAACCUUUCUUGCCCAUAUUUUUGCCAAUUUCGCAUGUAAAAAGGUCGAUAUUUUGGUGAAAAAAAUGCGUUUUAAAUCGACUCCGACAUUUUGAAGCAAAAAAUAAAGGAAAAAGUUUGAAAUUUUUUGAUUUUUCGGCAUGAAAUUCUCGAUGAUUUCUGCAAAUCACAAGCUAAAAAUGUUUUCUGUAAAGUCAGCUCAAGUUUCAUAAAAGAUCGCAAAAUUCGAGCACCUCCCUUUUUUGUGGUACCUCCUUUAUACACUGCCCUUCAGAUCCAAGCACAAAGACUACGUCAUUCCUUGGCCUGCAACGAAGUUGCUUCAAGAAAAAACCCUGAUGAAAGACGCUUUUCGUGAGCUCAACCCCGAUCCAAUGGCUGCUCCAGGCGAGACAUGGUCGACGGUCUACAAAUACAACGACGAUUACAGCAAGGACGAGCCCCAGGAGCGAUUGGACUUUGUUUUUUAUCGAGGGUUUAGUCUGAAGGUUCACGAAAUGGCUCCGUACUCCGGCGAGACUCCGCUCAAACCCUAUCCGAAUGUCAAAGACAACGAAUGGAUUUCUCAUUCUGCCGCCUUGGCUGGGAGCUUUAUUGUUUCGUAA